AUGUUCUCAACACUGAUAUCCCCACUGCCGCUUCCACGUUCAAGGACGCCAAACCCAUACCUUAAUCCCUUCGUUCCGGGCAAUGGUACCACUGCCACAACUUCCGAGUUCGAAUCAUCACUACAGCCUUCUACACACGCACUGCAGGAAUUCGAUCUAAGCGCCAACAAUAAUGAAAAGCGAAAAUAUAACCAGAUAUUCGCCGUCAGCGAGGACGAAGACCCACUAGCAGAGGUAGCUGUAGAAGCAAAAGCAGAAGAAGAGUUCUUCAGGAACAUGUACACUUAUCUCGACGAGUGCGAGAAGAAUAAGACGACAUCUUUCCAGCUACUGUUAUUUGUGAACUCCAUGCAGCAGGGGGGAACGCUGGCCAUGCCUGCGAUUCAACGGGGGUUAUCGAGGAUGAUCGGAUUUUUCGGCGGGGUCGUUACUGGCGAGUGGCUUCUUCGAGCGGCGAAGAAGGGCGAUUCACAUUUGGAUGGUGGGGUGGAACUUGACGAGCUUGAGGAGUCGGAAGAGGAAGAGAUGAACGAAAAGUAA